AUGGGGCAUUGUGAUGCACUUUCAAGAUGCGAUACUCCAAAAGAUUGCAGUUGUCCGGAGGUUGAUAUGAUGGAACCCCUCAAGUGUGGACCAUGUCAAAAGUGCCUCCGACGGUCAGAGCUGAUGACACUAAGAAGUCGACUGGGUGAGGAGCUCUCAAGUGACAUUCAAGGUACCAAGCACACUCCUAAUGAAGAUCAGACCGAUGUGGCUGUAAGAGCAGCAAGUAAUCCAGAUGACCAAGAGCCAAGUACAUCAAAAGGUAUUGUAAAACAGCCUAGGUAUGGGGAGGGUCAUACUUUGCUAUGGGCGGCCGCCCUGAGCAACGAAGACGUAGUCGCAAAGCAGAUGGAGGAUGGCCAUAUUAAAUCUAUACUGGAGGCCAAACUGGAGGGAAGGAAACCACUUCAGAGUGAAAUGCUUACUGCAAGCCAAGAAACCCGCCACUAUUGGCUGAUUUGGGAUAACCUUGAAAUACACUCGGGUGUACUUUACAGAAGGUUCAUUCGAAAGGACGGUAAUGGUCAGAUGUUGCAGCUUAUUGCGCCUCACUCGAUCCGGGCGGAAGUGGUCAAGCAAGCGCAUGACGUUUUGACAGCCGGACAUAUGGGAAUGAAGAGGACCAAGCAUCGAAUAUUGCAAAGCUACUAUUGGUUUUGCCUAAAGAGUGAUGUGUCUUUGCACGUGAAAGGCUGUGACAUAUGCGAGUCUGACAAAAAGCCUCCAAACCCCCCGCGUGCCCCUCUUGGCCAUAUAGGGGUAGGUGCCCCAAUGGACGUCCUCGCACUGGAUUACGCUGGACCAUUUCCGGUUACAGAGCGGAAAAACAGGUAUGUACUGGUGGUCACGGAUCUAUUCUCAAAAUAUGUUGAGGUAGUUGCAGUUCCUAACCAGACAGCUGAGACGUGUGCCAGCGUGCUGCUCAACACAGUAGUAAGUAGAUGGGGAGUGCCAUUGGCAUUACAUAGUGACCAGGGGCUGCUUUCGAAAGCAAACUUAUGA